CAGUGGACAAGUUGAAAAUAGCAUAUUUUGCAAGUGCAAACAUAACUCACGUGAAACAGUAGAGAAAGAAAUGAAUGGAAAUGGGAAUAAAACAGAAAAUGGCAUUAUAGAACAACAAGGGUACGAUCAAGUGAGGAGGCAGCAGCAGGUCACCCUCCGGGCAGCCUCUCACUCGCCUCCUGAACUCUAUGAUAACCUUCAUUUGGAAAAAAGUGCAUCGACUUUGCCGCGUACGCAGGGAGGCCGUGGGGUGGUUGAGGGUCCUGCCAGUCGCACCGCCAACCAUGGUGCAGCACAUACCACCGCCACCAGUACCAACACCACUCAAGCAGCUAUGUGUGAUACCAUGGCCUCACGCCGUGGGGGUGAUGGAUAUGCCACUAUGAAGCUUGGUAACAACCGUGACCCACGCCAGCCACCCUCACAUCAUGCCUCACAUGCUUCCUUACAUCAUAAAAGUGGCACGGGAGUUGGUACUCUCUCUCGUAAAGAAGAAGCUUCAGCUGCAGCCGCUGCUGCUGCAUCUGUUUCUGCUGCCAAUGAACGAAGUGGUGAAACACCGACAUCAGGCAGUCGCGACAACCGUAGUCUACGUGGUAGCCGAAGAGAACUCUCCUCCAAGAGUGUGGACUACUCAGAGAUGGACACGGUGCGAGAGACGGAUACUCUGCGGCGCCGUGCCCGUAGCAAGAGCACCGACGACGUGACUAAAGGUGACCGUGAUGACUCCAUCCUCCACCUCGAUAGCAAUACACUUAAGAAAAUGUUGAGACCCAUGACAUCAGUGGAGUCACCCGCUACGUCCCCAGAGUCAUGGCGCCGUCGAACCAGCCGUGGGGAUGGGGGGCUAGAUGCCUCGAUGUGGGGAUCCCUAAGUAGGGGGGGCUCCACUGUCUCACAUGCUGAUGGUUUCAGUUCUGAGCCAGAAGCACCCCGCCCAAACCGCCUCACACCCUCCAGGUCGGCCAUGAGCGUGCUGGGCGGGGAAGGAGGCAGCGGGGGCCGCAGGGGCCGUGGGUUCCACCUGGACCUGGGUGAGCGUGAGUCUCCGCCCUCUGAUCACCAGCUGUUCGACCUGGCCUGCUACGCCACCACGCCCUCCUCAAGUAACUCUGACUUUGAGAAUAAUGAAGCCGCACCCAGCUCACCCACUAGUCAGCUACUACAGGAAUACGAGAUGCAUCUGCGCAACACCCUGGCGAAAGGCAUGGAUGCUGAGAGCUACAGUCUUCACACCUUCGAAGCUCUCCUCACACAGAGCAUGGAAAAUCUAGAGUCCAUCAUUGAAGACUCAGAAUCAAGGCCAUCUUCAAGUGGCACUUCACGAAACUCCUCAAGUAGUGCACUUCGUCACUCGGGUAUACACUGGUCCCCCAUAGUACCUCCAUCAGCUUUGGCACCUUCUAGAGACUCUGCCUCCAAAGUCUAUGAUCACAGAAGGCGUGUGAAGCUAUUAUCCGAGAUAAAGCGCAUUCACAAGAAAUACCAAGCACGUCACACCUCACCCAGUCUUACGAAUGAUGAAGCUUCAACCCUAAUCUCAGCCCUUAAUGGAAUCAAAAAGUCUGAGAGCUUAGGGAAUCUCAACAAUAAGUACGGCACAAUGCCAGCUAGCACACGAGGGUCUGAGCGGUCCCUCCCUGCUGCAGCGAUUCGGGAUGAACGUGAACACAGCGGCUACUUUAGCGAUCGUAACGACAGCUACGGAAGUCGCCGUGAUCUUUACGAUCGUGGCUACAUGAGUGACCAUGAGCGUAGGUUCUACGACCGACAAGACAGCAUCAGGUCGGGCUAUAUGAGUGACCGAGAGAGAGGCUACACCAGUGACAGGGACUCACGCGGCUACAUGAGUGACCGCGACCGCUCAGGCUACAUGAGCGAUGGAGAGCGUGGCUACAUGAGCGAUCGGGAAAGAGGCUACAUGAGUGAUCGGGAAAGAGGCUACGUGAGCGAUCGGGAGAGGGGUGGCUACACAAGCAAUCGCGAGUUAGGCGGCUACGUGAGCGAUCGAGAGAGAGGCUACAUGAGUGACCGCGAGAGAGGCUACAUGAGCGAUCGGGAACGUGGCUACAUGAAUAACCGCGAGAGAGGCUACAUGAGUGACCGAGACACUCGGGGCUACACCAGUGACCGCGAACGAGGUUAUGCCAGCGAUCGAGGUGGCUACGGUAGCGACCGGGAACGCGGCUACUCCAGCGACAGAGAACACAGCGCCCUGGUAGCCCAGGCCUCCAUGGAAAGUGCCGACUCACGUCUCUGCUACCUCACCUCCUCAGAGAUGUCCGAUGAUGACCGGAUGUCUCUCACGACGGCGGUAAGUGAAGAUGAAGACGGUGAGAGCGUCCACAACUCUCCUUACAAGGCUCCUCGAGCUGGCACUACUGCAGCCUCCUUCAACUGCACCGGCGCGGUCAGGAAGGCUGGGUUUCUGAGUGUUAAGAAGUGGCUGCUGAGGAAGAAGCACCAGAUCGAGCUGGCCAGGAAGCGAGGCUGGAAGGGGUACUGGGUAUGUCUGAAGGGCACUACGCUACUCUUCUACCCGUGUGACUCCCGGGAGGGACGCUCGGUGGAGGCGGCGCCCAAGCAUCUCAUUAUCGUGGACGGUGCUAUCAUGCAACCCAUCCCUGAGCAUCCUAAGAGGGACUACAUCUUCUGCUUAUCUACAGCCUUCGGCGACGCUUACCUCUUCCAGGCGCCAUGUCAGGUUGGCUUGGAGAACUGGGUCAACGCAUUUCACAGCGCCUGUGCUGCCAGCCUUCGCCAGACCAGAGGCAAGAAAGGCACGCUACACCUCCUUCAGGAGGAAAUCUUCAGAAUUUGACAGAGCAUCGAAUCGGACUCCAAGUUGAAGCACAUGGCAGAGCUGCAGCUGUCAGUGGUGUCAGACGCUGAGAGCAAGCAGCAGAUCAUGGGUCAGAUCAUGCAGUGGGAGGAGAACCUUGAACGACUCCACUGUGAGCAGUUCCGUCUUCGCUGUUACAUGGCCUCAUUACAGACCGGUGAACUGCCCAAUCCAAAGGGUCUGCUAACGCAUGUGUCUCGCACCACCAAAACAGUUCUUAAUCGUCUUGGGGUAUUUACUGUCAGCAGCUUCCAUGCAUACAUAUGUGCCAGAAGUCCUUCCCUGCUCAAUAAUCUUCUCGCAGGUAGAGGAGCAACCAAACGCAGGGCACCAAUGCUAUCCCGCAGCAAUAGUGUCUCAUCUCGGCGGUCGCUACAGAUGCAACAGCAGCUUGAAGGGGAGAAACAGUACAAGGUUAACCUUCCAGACAAUCAGAUAGUGAGCAUCAGCCUGAAGGACUCCAUGAGUGUAGAGGAGUUCCUGGUGGCAGCCUGUGGACGCAAGAACCUCAACCCCAUGGAACACUUUGUUCGUGUUAAAAAGCGACGAGAGCUGGAAGAGACUAACUAUUUUGUUCCACAUCGAACUGACCUCAUAGAGAACUAUUUGGCAACCCACGAAGUAGUGGAAAUCUGUGGCAAGAUUUUGUAUCAAGUGGAGCUGUCUCGGUCUUCAUUAGAUCACAUGUGGGGCUUUAGUGUAGAGGCUGAGCUCAUUGAGAACUCGGAGCGGCAAGAUGAGCUCUGUUGUUACAUAUCCAGAGUAGAGGAUCGCUCCACUGCCAUGCAAAAUGGCAUCAUCAAGGGCGACGAGAUUAUGGUCAUCAACGGCGCCAUUGUCAGUGAUCUCGACAUGAUGUACAUAGAAAGUGUUCUACAGGAGGAACUUGCUCUCUGUCUAAUGAUGAGAUCCUCCAGGACAGAACCACCAGAUUUGGCUUCGUUAAUGAAAACCACAGAUGAGAUCAUUGAGUCGUUGGUGUGUCCCCCUCCACCCAGUGAGAUGUCUCUAAAUGAAGAGAUGAUAUCUAGGAUGAUUGUUCCAGCCCCAUCUUGGAGCAAAUCCAUAGUUUCUGGCAAGGAGCCAGCAAGUCCAGAUGGGUUUCCCCCGCCUCCCUCCGACACCUCAGAGCGAUCUAAUGUAUCCUCACUAGAAAUCGAGAGUUACCUCAAGAGCUCUGACCUGAGUGGUUGUUGUCGGUCACCGGUGGAGCGACGGUCGAGUCCCACUGGUUCCAUCACCUCCACACAGAGUCAGUCACAGUUGACGCCAUCCCGUCAGCUCAGCGAUGGCGAGAGACUCAAGAAGGUCAUCCUCGAGUUGGUCGACACCGAGAAGACCUACGUCAAGCACUUGAAUAACUUGCUGGAGAACUACCUGGAGCCAUUGAAGAGUGCGUCGUUCCUGAGCUCGGCCGAGGUUAACGCUCUCUUCGGUAACAUCCGCGAGAUCGUAGCCUUCCAGCGGCUAUUCUUGCAGGCGCUGCAAGAAGCUCUCGAUAUGGAGCCGGGCUUCCUCUCCUUCGACCAGCCAUACGAGUUUAAGAACGUGUUGUUCUCCAUCGGGAGUGCAUUCCUCUACUACGCCAGCCAAUUUAAGCUCUACAGUUCCUUCUGCGCCUCACAUUCAAAAGCUCAAAAAGUUCUACAUCCCAGUGAGGGUAACCAGGAAUUGAAGGAGUUUCUCUCAUCGCGCAAUCCUCGACAGCAGCACUCGGCUACACUGGAGUCCUACUUGAUCAAACCCAUCCAGAGAAUUCUCAAGUACCCACUGCUGCUGCAGCAGCUGAAGGCUCUCACCACACCUGGUGCUGACGAACACAGACACCUUGUGGAGGCCCUCAAAGUAAUGGAGAAGGUAGCAGAGCAUAUCAACGAAAUGCAACGGAUCCAUGAGGAAUAUGGUGCAAUAUUUGACCAUUUAUUUCGUCAACAUCAAAAGUCUUGCAAACAAGAACCUAGGAUCUCACGUGAUCCACACCUCCCACAGCCAGUCGACCUAUCUCCAGGGGAUCUUCUCUACUACGGAGGAGUCGAGUGGCUCAAUAUCUCGGACUUUUUAGGGAAAAUAAAGAAAGGAUUGGAGCUCCAUGCCAUGUGUUUCGUUUUUAAAACAGCAGUUGUCUUCCUUUGCAAGGAGAGAUUAAGACAAAAGAAAAAGCUGAUGGGAGCACCAGGCAAAAACAGCUCGUCCGAAGUUGAAAUAAUUAGAUACCAGGUGUUAAUUCCCGUGACAGAGGUUCAGGUCCGUGCAUCUUCAAUGAAAGAUAUGGACUCUCAUUUCCUCUGGGAACUCAUUCAUCUCAAGAGCCAGCUUCAGCGACGGUCAGAAAAGGUCUACCAUCUAUCAAAUAGCACAUCUGAAUUCCGCAAUGCGUUCCUGAAAACCAUCCGACAAAUCAUACGUGAAUCUGUACGGAACAUGAACAUUCCUGCUAACAAGCCUUCAUCAUCAUCCUCCAGUCUCUCUAGCAAGGGAAACACCAACACUUUACAACCUUCCCGCUCAGCACCAAAGAAAAAAACACCUAUAGUUCAGUCGGCCACACUACAACGACAUUCAGCAGGUAACAUAGAUUAUGACAACUUGGAGAGCUACGACAAUGUGCCCGAGACGCAGGUUGGGCAUGACCAGAACAACUUCCGAACACGUAGCAAGACCGUGUCGGACGGCAUGGACGAACUCAGUGACUCCACCACCAAGAGCGAUGGCGGAAAGGACGAAGUGGGAACGCGAUCGGAGGGUGAGGAGGAAGUCAUAGACAAGAAAAAGGCGACCCUUGGCCGGACCCCCAACCACCUCUCGCUGUCCACCACCUCGACACUCUCUACGGGCUCCACUGGCUCCAUGGCCAAACUUAUCCAGGCCUCCAAUCAGCCAGCCCAGUAUCAACCGACCAGGAGUGUUGGUUCACCUGUGUGGAAGCCUCGUGAUGUCUUCGCCUCAUCUGGUGGCAGCUCUGGUGGGGGAGGAGGUGCUGGCCAGCGAGGAGAAUCUUUAACACUUCCUCGUCCAGGAAAGGCCAGCGGCCGUGAGGACCACUUCCUGGUGUACGAGGAGUAUGGCGGCAACAUCUAUAUGAGUAGUAAAAAGGACACAGAAAAUGGCAUAAUGGAGAGAGGAGAAAGCUCAGUCUCAGUUCGCAAUACAAUAGGUGUUCCUAUUCCUUCUACAAAAAAUGGAGGCUUCAGAUUUGGCCCAACCAUCUACCAGUUCCCAGCUCCGCACCUUAACAUCUACACCAAUGGCCACUUGAGAGAAACCAUCCACCAUGCUCGCCAUGUAGCUGUCAGACCUGCCUCUGUUAAUGGUAGCCCCUCUCAUCUACCUCCCAGAGGGGCAGUUCCCUGCUGGGUGCGUCGGGAAGCCUACAGAAGUGGGGUGAAGAGGUGCCCUUGGCCUGGGUUCCCAUAUACAGAGAACAAAGCCAGUCAAACUGGAGAAGACAUAGACAAUGUCCUGGGUGCAGGUAUGACCAUAGACAGUCUCCUGCAGCAGCUACGAGCUCUCUCCUAAUGAUUUAUAAUGCUUCUGCCCACGAUUCGUCCAGACUAGCAUAACUGACGCUUCACACAAGAUGAUUCACAUCUCAAUCUACAACGAACCGUUCUGCACACUCCAUCUUCAUUAUAACACUGGUGGACUACCAUCAUAUGCCAAAGACUUCCUUCCUGAAGUGGUGUUUUAUACAUACAAUAAAGUUUGCAAUGGUUCUAAAGGAAAAA